UUAAUUUAUAUAUCCAUAUUUUUAUUUAAAAACAAUAUUUUUUCAAAAUUGUCUCCAAUAAGCCGAGUUUUUCUGUCUUCCAAAAUUCUACUUGAAGUAGAAAAAACUCUUUUGCUAGUUGCAGAGGAUGUCGGAACAUUUAAAGUUUGCCUAGCCAGCAUUUGCAAUAAUGGCAAUUCAUUGCACUGCUUCCAAAAAGAUAAUAUAUCCACAUUUUUCUUAACUUUGCCUAGUUCUCCGAUCAUCAUAUACUCUACGAUAGCAGUGUCCGAGUCACUCUCGAGCAAAGCAGUCGACUACACAAUUAUGAUGCUGAUAUAUUUAGUACUUCUCUGUUUGUUGUGCCACAAUGUGAGCCGGGCGAAUGUUGGCAGAUUGGUUUGUUAUUAUGAUGCGGCGAGCUAUUCGCGACAAGGGCCAGCCCAUAUGUCGCUUGAUGACUUGGAGCCAGCUCUAAAUUUCUGCAAUUUCCUUGUCUACGGUUAUGUGGGAAUCGAUGUGGACACAUUCAAAAUAAAAACGCAUGAGGAAGAUAGUCAGCAGUUUACUCGGAUUACUUCAUUGCGUCGCAAGUAUCCACAUGUUCGAUUUUUACUCUCGGUCGGUGGUGACCAGGAUUUGAAUGAGGAGGGCAAGGUGGAGACGGCGAACUACAUGAGUCUCAUAGCAGAUCCAGAAAAAAGGAAUAGCUUUAGGGCCAGUGCGAAUAUUCUGCUGAAUAGCUACGGUUUCGAUGGAUUGGACUUGGCCUGGCAAUUUCCCAAAAUGUCGGAAAAGAAGGAAAAUGUUUUCAAGCAGGCCUGGCUAACAAUUAAAUCGUGGUUCAGAUUCUCAUCACAGUCUUUGGAAUUGCAAAUAGCAGAGAUUCAACAGCAAUUCGGGCAGUUAGUGAGGGAGUUGCGCAUCGAUUUGCAGCAAAGUGGCAAGCUAUUGACCUUCUCCGUGCUGCCCCAUGUAGAUGUCGAAAUGUUUGUAGACGUCUCCUCAGUCAUGGGCUAUUUGGACUUUGUUAAUCUUAACACCUAUGACUUUCAGACUCCCGAAUAUAAUCCAAAGGAGGCUGAUAUUCCAUCCUCAUUGAAUCACAUGUACGAUCGGAAUCCGACACAUAACAUUAAGCAUCAUGUAGACUGGUGGCUCAAUGCCACUUCCAAUCAUCAACAACUGAACCUUGGCGUAGUUGCCUACGGUCGCACUUGGAUAAUGUCACAGAAAUCGGGCAUCACUGGCUAUCCUCCAAUAUACAAAACCGAUGGACCAGGUCCCGCGGGCAAUGCAACUCGUCUCGCUGGGCUCCUAAGUUGGCCUGAGAUUUGCCAACAACUGCAGCAUCCACAGCAACCGGACCAGGACACCCCACAUCUUCGCAAGGUUGGCGAUCCAACUAAGCGAUUUGGUGUCUAUGCCUAUCGUUCUGCGGAUGAGAACGGAGCGAAUGGUUUGUGGGUGGGCUACGAAGAUCCCACAACGGCUGCCAUCAAGGCAGGCUAUGCCCAGGCAUUGGGCUUGGGUGGAGUAGCCCUCCACGACUUGUCUCUCGACGAUUUUCGUGGCCAGUGUGCAGGUGAAAAGUAUCCUAUUCUUAGAAGCAUUAAAUAUAAAUUGUAAAGUUCUGCCUGGAUUGAGCUGUGGUUAGUUUAAUUCUAAAUAAAUGUAUUUUUCCAAUUUGAA